GGCAAGGCUGUCUGGGGCGCCUCCCCUCGUCCAUGCAGCCGUCGGGGAAGGGGGACGCCUCGCGUGCGUGAGAGCGGAGGCCGUCCAAGCAGGGGAGGGCAUCCGAGGUUGCCCGAGGAGGGGCAGUGUAGCCGUCCUCGUUCGUCGCCGCAGCCGUCCGAGCGGCCGCUUGUGCCCGUCUUGGCGCUCGCCGUCUUGUGCUGCUUUGGCUUUCCCUUCUGGAUGGCACCCUUGCUCUAGACGGGUCGCUCGCUCGUCUCGGGGGAACCGAAUUAAGGAGAGAGCAACGGAAAGAAAGCAACACGAAGGAAGUUCCGAGAAGCCCGCCUCUGCCUCCCCUUUCGCUAAACCCGCAAGCAAGACAGCCGGAAAGUCAGAAGAAGCUAUCAGGAGGGAGUGUGCCACAGAAGCUCGUCCUUUGGUGGUGGUGGAGGAGGAGGAGGAGGAGGAGGAGCGCCUUUGCCCUCCCAUCUCUCGUCCUGUCCGCCCCUCUGCUGUACCCACCUUUCCUCUUCCUCCCUUUCCCUUCCCUUCCUCGGAGGCGCCAGCAGCCGCAAGUCGGGCUAAUGAUGGCUUCAACCGCAACCUGCACCCGAUUCACGGACGAAUACCAGCUCUUCGAGGAGCUCGGAAAGGGGGCUUUCUCAGUGGUGAGAAGAUGCAUGAAAAUCACUACAGGACACGAAUAUGCUGCCAAAAUUAUCAACACUAAAAAGCUGUCAGCAAGGGAUCACCAGAAAUUGGAAAGAGAAGCUAGAAUCUGUCGCCUUUUGAAGCACCCAAACAUUGUGCGACUUCAUGACAGCAUAUCAGAAGAAGGAUUUCAUUACUUAGUCUUUGAUUUAGUCACUGGAGGGGAAUUAUUUGAGGAUAUUGUUGCGAGAGAAUAUUACAGUGAAGCAGAUGCAAGUCAUUGCAUUCAGCAGAUCCUGGAGGCUGUGCUACACUGCCAUCAGAUGGGCGUAGUCCAUCGGGACUUAAAGCCUGAGAACUUGCUUCUAGCUAGCAAGUCAAAAGGAGCAGCUGUAAAACUGGCAGAUUUUGGAUUGGCUAUUGAAGUGCAAGGUGAACAACAGGCCUGGUUUGGUUUUGCUGGAACACCUGGAUAUCUUUCCCCUGAAGUGCUACGAAAAGAUCCCUAUGGAAAGCCAGUGGACAUGUGGGCAUGUGGUGUUAUUCUUUACAUUCUUUUGGUGGGAUACCCUCCAUUCUGGGAUGAGGAUCAACACAGACUCUACCAACAGAUCAAGGCUGGUGCCUAUGAUUUUCCUUCACCAGAAUGGGACACGGUGACUCCAGAAGCCAAAGACCUUAUCAACAAAAUGCUUACAAUCAACCCUGCCAAACGUAUCAAUGCAUCAGAGGCCCUCAAACACCCAUGGAUUUGUCAACGUUCUACUGUUGCUUCUAUGAUGCACAGACAGGAGACUGUCGAUUGCCUGAAGAAAUUCAAUGCAAGAAGGAAACUUAAGGGUGCCAUUUUGACAACUAUGCUGGCUACAAGAAAUUUUUCAGCAGCCAAGAGUUUACUGAAGAAACCUGAUGGAGUGAAGAAAAGGAAGUCAAGUUCGAGUGUUCAAAUGAUGAUAAACAACAAAACCAACGUAGUAACCAGCCCCAAAGAAAAUAUUCCUACCCCAGCGCUGGAGCCCCAAACCACUGUAAUCCACAACCCAGAUGGAAAUAAGGAAUCAACAGAGAGCUCUAACACAACCAUUGAAGAUGAAGAUGUAAAAGCUCGUAAGCAGGAGAUUAUCAAAGUGACUGAACAACUGAUUGAAGCCAUCAAUAAUGGAGAUUUUGAAGCCUACACGAAGAUCUGUGAUCCAGGUCUUACCUCAUUUGAACCUGAAGCUUUGGGAAAUCUUGUAGAAGGGAUGGACUUCCACCGGUUUUACUUUGAAAAUGCUUUGUCUAAGAGCAACAAGCCGAUUCACACCAUUAUCCUGAAUCCUCAUGUCCACCUUGUGGGUGAUGAUGCUGCCUGCAUUGCAUAUAUACGGCUCACUCAGUACAUGGACGGAAGUGGGAUGCCAAAGACUAUGCAGUCAGAAGAAACACGAGUUUGGCACCGUCGUGAUGGAAAGUGGCAAAAUGUCCACUUUCACCGUUCAGGAUCACCAACAGUACCUGUCAACUAAUUGUCAGUGAUGCCAUGUCGUGUCCUCCGCACUCUGCACUUGGUUGGCUACCAUCUUGGCCAUCCUUUUGCGCUCUUCAUGCAUGUUCUUUGAAUGCAUGAAGCUGUGAAGUUUCUACAUGUGAUACAUUUAUGAUACAUCAUUUUGUUGUAUAUUCCAUUGGUACCUUUUGUUUACACUUCAGUGAAAGGGGUGUUCCAUGCAAACAGAAUAUGGAAGUACAGGAUAAGAGGAUGGAAAAUUGAUACGUCUGACUAAACGCAGAAUAUACUUCUCAUGCCAAAUUAUGAAUAACUUCUGCAACUGCAACAUAUAGAAAUAGCAGUUUAAAAUAACUUUAUUUUAAUUUUCAUAAUUUUCUUUCUAGCUCAUUUGCUUUUAAGUAUGAAAUAUUGCUUUGGUCAUAGUAGAAAUAAUGAAAUUUCCAGGAACAGCAGCUUUGUAAUGAGUAGAAAUAUUGAUGUAGACCAAAGCAUUUCUGUAGCCCUGGGGUCACAAAGAGUCAUCUUUGCUAUGUAAUGAGUCACUGUGUAUAAACUGGAAAAGAAUGAUACAGUUUGUCAAGUUGACCUCAGUAAAAUUAUCUAUCACUGUUCUUGUCUGGUUAGCGAGCCUUUUUAAAAAAAUCAUUUCUUUAGCUUUGUUCUAACUAUACAGGGGAAAAAAGAUAUUUUGAAGUAGUCUUUCUAGUUUGUCAUGAGCCAAGCAAUGAAAAGAUAAGACAGUUAUAGGUGGUUAAAGGAUAAAAUAUUUUUUUUAUCAUUUUAAGGAUGUACAGUACAUUUAUUAAAGCAAGUCAUAGAGGUUUUUUUAACUGAUGCUAUAGUUACGAUGUGUGGUAAUUUAGGACAAUUAGGCCUUAAAAACUUAGUAACAGAAAUUUACUUGUCUACAUUUUCUUUGUAGGAAUUUAUUACCUAAAAAAACCUACCAGGAAAGGGUGUUUUCUAAUAAUACUAUCAUGCUGUUACCAUAAUAAUUUUAUCCAUGUUCUCAUGGCUUAUCAAGAGCCUUGAAAGAAGUGGAAUAAAGCAAUUAUUGCAUCUUCAUUAAUUCCUGUUGCUACACAUCCACCUGCAAAACAAGCAGGAAUAUGUUCAGCAUCAGUUUAGAACAGAUAGUUCAGCUGAUGCUCAAUUGUUUGUGUUGUAUAGAUAAGAAAUCAUAUCCUGCAAGCACAUUGUCCUUCUCCUUUAAAAAUAAGGAAAAUUAAUUUGCUUUUUAAUUUUUUUAUUAUUAUUCUCUUUCAUUAACAGUGAGACUAUCAGUUUUCUGUAACACUGUAUAGCGCAUGAUAUUUGAUCAAUGUUCUUUUUAGUAAACAAAAUUUACAACUUGCAGCAUCAUGAAAUUUUUAAAGCAGAGAAAGGGAAAAAUGUCCCACUUUGUAUAACUUUCACUUGUCUGUACUGAUUACUAAUCAAAAGUGGAUCUUAUUCUUUCUACAUUGAUGUUGUUCCUAGUAAACAUAUGAUAAAGAAAUUUAAGUUUCUUUGGUGAUUAAUAUAUACAUUCAACCCACAGCAAUAUAUAUAUAGCAAGCAUCUACAGUAAAUAUCUUGAGGCAUAUUAACCUGCCAUUGGGUUCUGUAAAAAAGGCAAUGACAGCAUGCAUUUUUUUUUAAAUAAUGUCUUCUGCAAAGCGGCUUUAGGUGGUAUAAGUGUAUUUACAUUUAACAAGGUUAGAUGCAGGAUUUUUCUUUCAUUUCUGUCUUUUUUACACCUAUUACCAUCGCAUGUAGUGUUGCCAUAUUAUUCUAGGUCAAGUCUGUCUUCCACUCUGAGAUGUGAGAAAUAUUGUGAGUUAGUUCUCUGCACUCCACCUGAAUUAUACACCUAAUCUGUUGUCAUUUCAAAACACUGCAGUUUACCAUGGGACACAGUAUGUGUGUGUAUAUAUAUAUAUUUCUUGCCAUAAUGGUAAAGAACUGACGGAUAUAUUUAAAAAUUAAUAAAUUUGUGAUUUCUGCUGA